GGUUGGCUCUUCUUCAGUUUGUUGCUGACCAUCAUAUCGGUCGGACGUGUUAACGCAUUGGGACAUUUUCACGUAUGUUUGUAACGUGCACGCACAUCUAGAUGACUUAAAAAAAAAAGAAGAAAAUUAAAUAUUUCUAUUGAAAUUUCGCAACAUUUUCAUUUGGAAAUAUUUUGACUGUAGCGAAUCUUUUUAUUUAAUUUUGAGCAAGAUCGUGUACACUAAUGUAAAAAAUAUUUCAGAAAUUUAUGCGAUUUGUGUUUGAAAGUAAACUUUCUGAAAAAGUGAAUUUUGUGCGAAUUUUUUUGUGCGAAUUAAAAAACACGGUUUUGAAAUUUAAAAGUGAUCUUUGCAAUUGAAAAAUUACACUGAAAACGCUUACGAGGUUCGUGUACAGAAAGACCGACAGCAGUUUUGCGUGCCAUACCGAGACAAAGACAUCGACGCGCCCCUAAGUUUGCUGUCAUCGCCGCCGUAACGCAUACGGAUCGUAACAUAACGUGCUAAACUGAAGUUAACGUGCGCUUCCAAACGCCUCUACGUCCCUGCGAUCUUUCGCUCAUUGCCCAAACAGUUGUUCUGCGAGUGAGUGUGUGAAGUGAUAGCUCAUACAACGCCGUAAACACAACAAACAACCAAGCAAACAACUCAACAAACUGCCUUAAAGACAUAAAAUCCUACGAGCAACACCGAAAUAGUCAGAGUAGCAUUACCGCUAGCUGCAAACAUUUGUUGAACAUUAAAAAACAACACACGAGGAAAUAUUACUUUGGUGCAGUAGAAGCAGCAACCGUGGCCGUAGCGGCAGUGUGCGCAUCUCGAUAUGGCGUACACACGACAACAACCUGCUCGAAAUGCUUUUACGGUUAAGCGAGUCUUAGUGAUAUUCUUGUGUGUGGCGCUAAAUGGUGCGAUGCUCACCCAAGCACAACCGCAUCGUGAACCUCGUUUGGGCUCCAAGUGUCAACAUGAUAUGGAUUGCACGGAUUUCAUCAAGGGCAGCGCCUGUUCGGCGAACGGCUUUUGCGAGUGCGCCCCAUAUUAUGUGCAAUAUAACGCUACCAGCUGUCUAUCGUCGCAACUUCUGGGUGGUGACUGCGUUCUGAACGAUCAGUGCACAAUGAAGGUGGCCAACAGCAGUUGCUUAGAUGGCGCCUGUCGUUGCGUCGAGGGUUUCCUGCAGUUCCGCAAACAUACCUGCCUUGGACCGGCUCUGCCUGGUUCCGUAUGUUAUAGCCAUGCCCACUGUCAGAUGUUUGACUCACGUUCCCAUUGUGAUUUUCUCAUACCAAAUCUGUUCGGUCGUUGCCAGUGCACUUCACCUGCCAAGCUUGUAGGUGGAUUUUGUGUGGAGGGUAUGGUUGUAGUGUCAACCGAAGCAGCGGCACCUGUGCCAUCACCAACUACCACCACGACUACUACCACAACCACAGCUGCACCAGUUACCACAACAACAGCGGCCCCAGCGGCUGAACCAGUGCGGUACGACAGUGUUGAGGAACAAUCGACUUUCGAUGACAUUGUCGAAUCUCCAGCUAAUUCUGACGCUGAUAUGGAUUUGCCAACAACUACAGCACAACAGUUAUUAACACCUGCCGCAGUUGAGGAGCAAUCACAUGCAAUAGCAGCUGAUGAAAUAUUGCCACAAGAAACCACUCCGGUAGUAGAUGAUUAUCCCUAUAAGAUCGAUGAUGAGUAUGAUGGUGACGAUGUAGAAAAUCAACAACAGCAGCUGCAACAAGUUGAUGCUAACGAACAACAGCAACAAUUAGAGGAUGAGCAAGGAGCACAUUUCCCGAUGAAUGAUGUGCAUAUUGUAGAAGAAGAACAUGUGGAAGGAGACGAACAACCAGAUCGUGUGGUAGACGAUCAUGAGCAAGCUGUUGAAGAACCAUUUAAGGAGACUUCACAGGUCAUACAACAAGAGCAACUGGAUCAUGUAACGGAAUCCCAUAUAGAAGCAGAUUUUGUAGAAACAGAGCCAAUAGAUGAAGCGGCACACGUCGCGGAGCAAGAGCUGCUGGAUCAUGUAGCAGAAGACCAUAAAGAGUAUGUGUCAGAAGAAGAAACCCCAGUUAAAGUGGUACAGUCCGUUGAAGAACAAGAUCACAUAGAACAUGAAGAUCAUAAGGAAUCGAACCAUGUAGAAAAUGAGCCAAUUGAAGAAGUUUCAACCUUAGAAAAACAGGAAAAACCUGUUUACGCACUAGAAGAUCACAGACCAGCAGAUUCAGUAGCAGAAGAGACAAUUAAAGAAAACUCAAAUAUCGAACAACAAGCAAAUCCAGUCGAAAAUGCUUCUGAUGAUAGUAAUGUUGUUGAAGAACCAUAUGUUGCCGAAACAUCCUUCGACAAUGUGGAUAUCGCUGCGCAGGCUUUAAACGAACAUGAAUUGGAAAAAGAACCGGUGGGAGGCCAACAACACAUAGGAACGGUACAUAUUGUUGAAGAGCAAGAGGAAGGUGAUGCUGAUAAAAUUAUCGAGGACAAAAUACCAAAUAACGAAGCACCACAGUUGUUCGAGGAACAUGAGUAUGUUGCAGAGCAACACACAACUCCUACACAAGAAGAGCGCAAUGGUGAAUCGGGACAGAAUAUAAAGACGGAGCAACCAAGCUUUGAUAAAAUACCUGUAGCGCAAGACUAUGAAAUUGAACAAACUACAGUGGGAGCAACGCAGUUAGAUGUAAUGGGGCACGCUGCCGAGGAAGUGCCUGAAAAUAUUCCACAGAACCCUCAAAACAUUGAAGCAUCUAAUGUUGCCGAUGAUGUGACUGAAAAUCUUUCUCAGGAACUUGAAAAUAAUGGCUCACCUGUUGUUGCUGAAACGGAGCAUAUUGCCGAAGAAAUGCCAGAAAACAUUUCACAAGAGCAUCACAAUAUUGAGGCGCCAAAUUUAAUAGAAACGGAGCACAUAGUUGAAGAAGAAUCGCAAAACCUUCAACAUAAUAAAGCAACUAAUGAAGCUGGCAAUCAAUAUGAGCAACCCGCAAACGAAAAACCAAAUAUGGAGUCAAAUCCAGUACCGCAAGUCGAAGAGGAAAGUUCAUCUUCCGUUGGGACACAACCGCACAGCGAACAAAAUCAAUAUUAUGCUGUUGAGAUGUCAGCGGCCACAUUGUUGCCUCAUGACGCCACCGAUUCGCCAAAUUCAAUGUCGUCGGAACAGCAAUAUGUUGACUUUCACCCCGAAAUGGAGAUGUACGAAGAUGUGGAGCAUGAAGACGAGCAUGAUAUUGCCGAUGAUACGAUGAAAUUUGAUUAUGAGACAGCACAAGAUGAAUUCAAUAGUGAAAAUACUGAAGCAAGCACUGCAGAAGAAGAAUUCGCCGCAACUGACUCUCCUAAUUGGGCUCAACAAUCUGAGAAUGCGCCAGUUAUUUCAUCCAUGACAUCGGAAUUCGAAUUGCAGCCUCAAGCGCCAUCGCUUGCUGAGCAUGAAAAGCAGAAAGAAGCGGAGGAAUUCAGUCAACAGCAUUUGGAAGAAAACAAAGUUGUCGAAGCACAUGAAAUUGAAAGUGAAGCACAACUUGCACAGCUACAGCCGCCACGUGCAGAUGACAAUACUUCGGCAAUAGAAGCAGAGGCAAUCAAAAAUGUGGAAAAUGAAAGUUUUACUGCUAAUAAUGACUUAAAAGAAAGUAAUGUAGACUCCGAGCCUACACUAGCAGAACAAGAACAUAAUGACAAUGCGCAGAUUACCACUAAUGUUGAUGAGCCGGAGAAAGUAUCAGCAGCAAUAACGGAACGAAUUGCGCCAGAAAUACAGGCGGAGAACAUUUUUCAACCUGACGAUUUACAAGCUGAACCAAGCAACGAUGAGGAAAUUGUAAACGAACCACAACUGGCAACGCACGAUUUUGUUGUAGAAGAAAAUUUAGACGAGCAAACCAACAAGCAUCAGGAAGGUAAUUUUGCAGCCCAAGACGAACAGCAUAAAGCUGAUGAAGCUGCUUUUGAAUCUACUGGAGCCAUAACUGAUGAAAUUACUUCACUAGACAAUAAUGGAACUGCUAGUGAAUUAGUUCAUCAAGUUGCGGGACCUACGCAAGAUCAUCAAGACAACAAGCUAACCCCGGACACUGUAGACAUUUUAAGUGUGCCGAAUGCCGCUGAAAUGACAAUUGCUCAAAAAGAAAAUGAAGCUGGUGCUAAUGACCAAAUAGAUAAACAUAUUGAAGAACUUUCAAUUGUUGACGAAGUUGUAGCGACGACCCAACUGCCGCUGAUCCAAGAAAAUGGCGUUGAAGCUGAAGAACAUAAUGAGAUUAUCACGUCCGCUGAAGAUAACAAAGAAAACAUAAUGGUUUUGGGAAAUGGAAAUGAGUUAGGAAUGAAUAACGGUGAUGAGAUGAAGCCAACUGAGCAGGACUUGAAGAAUACAUUGUCAGAAAACGCACCGAUCACUGAGGCUGGUUUAGUAUCUGAUAAUGAACACGAACCUUUAAGAGUUGUAGAAAAUGGAGAUGUGGUUGAUCAAGCACAACAAGCUGAGCAAACUACGCCAGAUGAUACUGUAAUGGCAGUGCAAAGCACUGUUGACGUUAACAAGGCUGUUAAAGAUCCAAGCAAAUUUGAACAAAUUACAAAUGUUGAGGAAAAUAUUCCACUGGAACCACCCAGCCAAACCUCCUUAGAACAUAUCGACCCCAUAGAAGCAGACAAUUCUAUUGGUUCCAAUGAAGAAACGGCAAAUCUCUCAGAAACCUCUUUAGAAUUAGCGCUUAAUGAAAAUUUAGAAAAAAAUACCGCGACCUUGUUACCCGAGAUAGACUAUGCGCCCGUUGAAAGUUUCGAAAUGCUUAAUAAUGCACAAAACAAGCACACCGACGAACUGCUGGCUCACAUUGAUGACCAGACCGAGACGAAUUUCAUCGACUUUAAUGAUCACGAUGAGUCGCUUCCACAAUCGGUGACACACACUGACAUUUAUAAUGAAUCAUUUGAGGAACACGAAUCGAUUGCUGAUAUACUAAGCGAUCUUAUGUCCGAAGAUGUAACUACAGCGACACCAUUAGAAGCCGUCACAGAGGAAGAAGGUGUUAUGUCACAAGAAGAUUCUCACGGUAAUGAAAAGGAAUAUGUCAACGCACAGCCGGACGACACUGUGCAUGCAUCCGACGUAAUUGCAGCUGACACGAAUAUUGUUGAAGAAAAACUGGCUAUGCCGCCACAGAUCGAAACUACAGAGACGCAUGACGACAAAUUAACCUUUUACCCUGAAGCACAAGACUUGAGCGUGCAGGCAAGUAAUGAUAUUGAAGUGCCACAACAAUCAGAACAUGAUACACAUUCAACUGAGCUGAAUGCUGAAGGCAGCACCAAAGUAGAAAAUCUUGAGGAAACUGACCACACAUUAUCUCCCGAAGAGAUGCCUUUUGAUUUAACUUCUAUUGACGAUAUUCAUACGCAAGAGUUACAAUCGGACAGUUUAAUAUUGGAGACUACCACUGCCUCGAAUGCGGUAUACAACGUGGAGGAAGAAGCAUCAGGCGACGGAGUACAAGAAAUCCUCAAUGAGGAAGCAACCGCAACACCUGGUGAUAUCGUUGAAAUUACCACACAGACUAUGUUGGGCUUGGCUAGCCGUGUAACGUUAAUGGAACCAGCGGCGCCAAUAGUCACAACACUGAAACCACUUAUGACAGAAGUAUCGUCAGAGAGCGAGGCAACACCCGAUCCAGUAAAAGAACUACCAGGCACAGAGAAUAUCUUGAGCGUCAAACCAAAUACAGAAAUUCGUAAGCGUGUUGAAUUGGGUACAGAAGCCGUUUCACUCGGUCUAACUUGCAUGAAUGACAGACAAUGUCAACUGGCCGAUCCUAAUACGAUUUGUAACACGCGUGGCGUAUGUGAUUGCGCAUUGUCCAACACAGCAGCGGAAUCGCAAUGCAGUUCCCAGCGUACAGGUUGCGCUCCAGGAACUUUCCAGUGCCGUUCCAGCGGCGUUUGUAUCUCCUGGUUCUUUGUGUGCGACGGUCGUCCUGACUGCAAUGACGACUCGGAUGAGGAGUGCACAGUCAACGCGCGUUUAAAUCAAACUUGCCCGCAAGAGGCGUUCCAAUGUGAGCGUAGUGGGCGUUGUAUUUCGCGUGCCGCGAGAUGCGAUGGACGCAAGCAGUGCCCGCAUGGUGAGGACGAGUUCGGUUGUAAUGCUGUGAAAGCGGGCGCAUGCCCGCCACAUACCUUCCGUUGCAAGAGUGGCGAAUGUCUGCCCGAAUAUGAGUACUGUAAUGCGAUUAUCUCCUGUCGGGAUGGCAGUGAUGAGCCACCUCACUUAUGUGGCUCGCGUUCCAUGCCGACUUUCUUCCUGCGUUUGUUGAAUGCCGGAGGCCUGCUGGAGAACGAGGACGCCUAUUGCCCGCAUCGUUGUAGUAAUGGUCGCUGUCGCUCAACAGCAAUCGUUUGCUCGGGUCGUGAUGGUUGUGGUGACGGCACUGAUGAGCAGACCUGUUCUGUUUGUAGAUGUCCGGCGCCAAAUAGCAGCAGUUUUCCUAACUAUCUUGCCAAACAUCGCCCAAUGCCAUUGUGGUAGACUAGCGCCAUCUCAGAUAUGCCCCUGCUACCCCAGCUCGUUGUAUGAUUCGAAAGCUGAAAUAGUAUGGGGGGCAAUGUGACAAGGUUUUGAGCGACAACUCUUUCCAAUGUUAGUGCUGAGCAGCAUGGAUCUUUGCAACAAACUUUACCGCCGUUGUAACCACUUGCGCGUACAUUCAUAUUAAACGCGUUUUCGAUAUUCCAUGCGGCUAAAAUUAGUUAUUAAGUUUAUUUAUUCUAUACAUAAAACUAUGUCUUAUCAUUACAACUAAAUACUUCGAAGCAAUUGCCGCCUUGCUGGCGAGGAACAACGAUUAUGAAGUAACAAGCCAUAGAUUUGCACUUUAGCGAGCAAAAUUUUGUUUAUAUAAAAGGCAUGUAAUGUUUAUGCGCAUGCGUACAAAUUCUUUGACCCAGUGAUGUUGGCAAUUGCUCUCACACCCAAAUACUACCACAGAAAUUAACCAUUCAUGACACUUUUAUUUAUUUACAACUAUUUAUUCUCAUCUCUAAUUAAAUGUAUUUCAUUUUCUGCAUAAAUUUUAGUAUGUAGAAUUAGGUUAAAUGAUGACCGAGCAGUUCGAAAAUAACAACAAUUAUAAGCAAUUUAAAAUAUUUUCCUUAAUGUUAAUAACGUAAAAAGAAAUUGUAUUAAAAAAUCUUAAAAAUCAGACGAACUAAAGUAACUUAUCGCCAAUUAAAGCAAACUCUUAUCUACAUUGUAUUUGUAUCAAUUACCUUUUUUAUAUAAUAGGAGUUGCCGUCAUCUAAAACUACCACAAACAAAACAACGGUUAAUGAAAUGCUUUUAGUAAUACAAUGCUAUCGAUUCUUUUCUAACGUGUUAUAUGCGUUUUUUUAUUCAAAGUACGGCAGAUUUUGAAAAAAAACGAAUCCCUACUAAUAUAUAAAUCUUAAUUUGUAAAUACACAUGUAAGUAAAAUAUAUUAAACUACUAAAAACUGUAAAAGCCGCUAGGCAAAGUGCUGACAAUAUAUUAUAUAUACAGACACACACAAAUAAUACAUAUAUACAUAUGUACAUGCAUAUGUGUAUGUAAAACAUAUACAUACAUGUAAUAGGUACGUCUAAGAACACAAAAAAAAGUAUGUAUUUAAAUUUUGAAAACGUGCAUUUAGUAAACUGAGUAAUCUUCCAGGCCAGUUGCCAAGCAGCGGCGAAAACUGGUGAAAUAAAUUUAUGUAGGUAUGUAUUUAAAAUUGAAAGUGUUACAUGGAAAGUUAGAUAAUAAAUACGAAUUGCAUUUAUUAAUAAUUAAAAUUAAAUAAAAGUGAAAACUUCAAAAAGUUUAAA